CGUCAUGCAGCGCGCCGGAAGUGCGGUAUCCAUGCUCUAACAGUGACCUUCUUGGCUGCAUGUGAGAGGGAGCAGAGCCGGGAGGAUGCUGAGGAGUCUCCUGCUGACCUGUGGGAGGAACGGGGCUGGGAUAAGGCUUUUCUCCUCUUUCUCGUCUGAACCUGCCAUUCCCCCAAACCUUAUUCUUCCGGCUGGACUGAAAGAUGGACCUACCAAAUUUCUUCGCCCUCCUGUGGACAUCUCUAAACCUGUCCUGCGAGCAUGUAAGCUCCCAGUUCCUUCUCACUUGUCACCCAUAACAGUUUGGUUGGAGUCCUUAAAUAGCCAUCCAGAAGAUGAACUGCAAGGUCUGGUCCAUCUACAUCCUGAUGUGUUCGAUGUCCCUCCCAGGAUUGAUGUCAUUCAUCAAGUUGUAACAUGGCAGCGAAACUUCAAAAGGAUUAGUUAUGCCAAGGCAAAGACUCGGGCAGAGGUCCGAGGAGGAGGCAGGAAGCCCUGGAGACAGAAAGGAACUGGACGAGCUCGGCACGGAAGCAUCAGAUCCCCUCUGUGGAGAGGAGGUGGAGUAGCUCAUGGCCCCCGGGGCCCGACAAGUUAUUAUUACAUGUUACCCAUGAAGCUCCGUGUUCUGGGGCUGAAGACUGCAUUAACCACAAAACUGGCUCAGAAUGAUCUUCACAUAAUCGAUUCUAUUGAGAUCUCCUCCCCAGACCCCGAAUACUUUAUUGACCUCCUAAAACAGCACCAAUGGGGCGAGUCCGUGCUGAUAGUUGACAGCAGUGAGAAUAUGCCCGAAAAUAUAUACAAUGCAACGGUCAAUUUGCAGAAGAUAACUGUAAUCCCAGCCAUAGGUCUGAGUGUCUACAGCAUGCUGAAGCACGAUACUGUUCUGCUGACAGUUGGAGCCGUGGAUUUCUUGGAAGAGAAGCUCCUGUGGCAAGACUCUCGCUACACCGCCCUCUACCCUUUCAGAUUACCGUACAGCGAUUUCCCUUGAGCAAGUGCAGUUUUAUUUUGCUUUUUCUUUGUAAAUACAGAAAACUUUUUUGAAAUAAAAGUAUGAGCAAAAGUG